AUGGCAAAAAUUCUUCUAACUUUGUUUGCUCUUACUUUAAUUUUAGGCCAAACAAAUGGAGCUAUUAGUUGUGAAAAUGAUAUUUUUCACUUAGUAAGACCUUGUGGAGCUUUUGUACUAAGUGGAGAUGCAAAACCUUUUGAUGAAUGUUGUGUUGGAUUGCAAAGUGUGGCUAAAAUGGCUGCUGCCUCACAAUCAGACCGCAAAGAUAUUUGUGAAUGCAUCAAAUAUUUUGAGGCAUUUGGCUUUGUGAAAUAUGAAAAAGCUAAACAACUUCCUGAUCUAUGUCACUUCACUAACUUUAUGCCAAUUGAACCUAAUCCUGAUUGCUCCUAG